AUGACAGAAGUAAUUAAGAGGAAAGUAGUUAUUGUAGGAGAUGGUGCUUGUGGAAAGACAUCACUCCUAUACGUCUUCACUCUUGGAGAAUUUCCUACUGAAUAUCACCCGACAGUGUUUGAAAACUACGUAACAGACUGUCGUAUUGAUGGCAAGGCAGUUCAAUUAGCAUUAUGGGAUACUGCAGGUCAGGAAGAAUAUGAAAGGCUACGCCCGUUGAGCUACAACAACAGUCAUGUCAUAUUAAUUGGAUUUGCUAUUGAUGUACCAGAUUCAUUUGACAAUGCGAGAACAAAGUGGGUGGAAGAAGUUAGAAAAUAUUGUAGUGGUGUGCCGUAUCUACUUGUGGGCCUAAAGAAGGAUUUGAGAACAAGGGAUUCAAGUGAAGAAUUUGUACAAUACUCAAGUGGUGAAGCAGCGGCUAAGCAGAUUGGAGCAAAAAAGUACUUAGAAAGUAGUGCAUUAAGUGGAGAAGGAGUAGAUGAUAUAUUUGAAUUGGCCAUAAGGACCAGUUUAUUGGCUAAAGAAAAGGAGAGUACAGGUUGCUGUGUGGUUUUGUAG